GGAGAUUCGGCUUGUCUUGCCUUUGCUCUGCGGAGGAGAGUGCGCUUCGGACCCGAAUCGCAUCCGUAUCGCCUCAGCUACCAGCCGCGAUGCAUGUGAUCAAGCGAGAUGGCCGCCAAGAACGGGUCAUGUUCGACAAAAUUACAUCUCGAAUCCAAAAACUUUGUUAUGGACUCAAUAUGGACUUUGUUGAUCCUGCUCAGAUCACCAUGAAAGUAAUCCAAGGUUUAUACAGUGGGGUCACUACUGUGGAACUAGAUACUUUGGCUGCUGAAACAGCUGCAACCUUGACUACUAAGCACCCUGACUAUGCCAUUCUGGCAGCAAGGAUUGCUGUCUCUAACUUGCACAAAGAAACAAAGAAAGUAUUCAGUGAUGUGAUGGAAGACCUCUACAACUACAUAAAUCCACAUAAUGGCAAACACUCUCCCAUGGUGGCCCAGUCAACACUGGAUAUUGUUUUGGCAAAUAAAGAUCGCCUGAAUUCUGCCAUUAUCUAUGACCGAGAUUUCUCUUAUAAUUACUUUGGCUUUAAGACGCUAGAACGGUCCUAUUUGUUGAAGAUCAAUGGAAAAGUGGCUGAAAGACCACAACAUAUGUUGAUGAGGGUAUCUGUGGGGAUUCAUGAAGAAGAUAUCGAUGCUGCUAUUGAAACAUACAACCUUCUUUCUGAGAGGUGGUUCACCCAUGCCUCUCCCACUCUCUUCAAUGCUGGUACCAACCGCCCACAACUUUCUAGCUGUUUCCUUCUGAGUAUGAAAGAUGAUAGUAUUGAAGGCAUUUAUGACACACUAAAGCAGUGUGCAUUGAUUUCCAAGUCUGCUGGGGGAAUUGGUGUUGCUGUGAGCUGUAUUCGAGCUACUGGCAGCUACAUUGCUGGGACUAACGGCAAUUCCAAUGGCCUUGUACCAAUGCUGAGAGUAUAUAACAAUACAGCUCGAUAUGUGGAUCAAGGUGGGAACAAGCGACCUGGAGCAUUUGCUAUUUACCUGGAGCCUUGGCAUUUAGACAUCUUUGAGUUUCUUGAUUUAAAGAAGAACACAGGAAAGGAAGAACAGCGUGCCAGGGACCUUUUCUUUGCCCUUUGGAUUCCAGAUCUCUUCAUGAAACGAGUGGAGACUAAUCAGGACUGGUCUUUAAUGUGUCCAAAUGAGUGUCCUGGUCUGGAUGAGGUUUGGGGAGAGGAAUUUGAGAAGCUAUAUGAAAGUUAUGAGAAACAGGGUCGUGUUCGCAAAGUUGUAAAAGCUCAACAGCUUUGGUAUGCGAUUAUUGAGUCUCAGACAGAGACAGGUACCCCAUACAUGCUCUACAAAGAUUCCUGUAACCGGAAGAGCAAUCAGCAGAACCUGGGAACAAUCAAAUGCAGCAACCUGUGCACAGAAAUAGUAGAAUAUACCAGCAAAGAUGAGGUUGCAGUUUGUAACUUGGCUUCCCUGGCCCUGAAUAUGUAUGUCACAUCAGAACACACAUAUGACUUUAAGAAGCUGGCUGAAGUCACCAAAGUCGUUGUCCGAAAUUUGAAUAAGAUUAUUGAUAUUAACUACUACCCUAUCCCAGAGGCAUACUUAUCAAAUAAACGUCAUCGCCCUAUUGGAAUUGGGGUACAAGGUCUGGCAGAUGCUUUUAUUCUGAUGAGGUAUCCUUUUGAGAGUCCAGAGGCCCAGUUAUUGAAUAAGCAAAUCUUUGAAACCAUUUAUUAUGGAGCCUUGGAAGCCAGCUGUGAUCUGGCCAAGGAACAUGGCCCAUAUGAAACCUACGAGGGCUCUCCAGUCAGCAAAGGAAUCCUUCAGUAUGAUAUGUGGAAUGUUACUCCCACAGACCUAUGGGACUGGAAACUUCUCAAGGAGAAGAUUGCAAAGUAUGGUAUAAGAAACAGUUUACUUAUUGCCCCAAUGCCUACUGCUUCCACUGCUCAGAUUCUGGGAAAUAAUGAGUCCAUUGAACCUUAUACCAGCAACAUCUACACUCGUAGAGUCUUGUCAGGAGAAUUUCAGAUUGUAAACCCUCAUUUACUGAAAGAUCUUACUGAGCGGGGCUUAUGGAAUGAAGAGAUGAAAAAUCAGAUUAUUGCAUGCAAUGGCUCUAUCCAGAGCAUACCAGAAAUUCCUGAUGACCUGAAGCAGCUUUAUAAAACGGUAUGGGAAAUCUCUCAGAAAACCAUUCUCAACAUGGCAGCCGAGAGAGGUGCUUUCAUUGAUCAAAGCCAGUCUUUGAACAUCCAUAUUGCGGAGCCUAACUAUGGCAAACUCACUAGUAUGCACUUCUACGGCUGGAAGCAGGGUUUGAAGACUGGGAUGUAUUAUUUAAGGACAAGACCAGCAGCUAAUCCGAUCCAGUUCACUCUAAACAAAGAGAAACUGAAAGAUAAGGAAAAGGCAUCAAAAGAGGAAGAAGAGAAAGAGAGGAACACAGCAGCCAUGGUGUGCUCUUUGGAGAAUAGAGAUGAAUGUCUGAUGUGUGGGUCCUGAGGAAAGACCUAGAAGAGACCAGCACUUCAAUAGCCAAACUACUUCUUGAGCAUAGAGAAUAAGGAGUGAUUAAGUAGGGUUUCAUUAACCAUUUGGCACUCCUUUUUCUGUUGACUUCAGUUUUAGUAAAGAAAUAGUUUUGCUGCAAAAUUGUGUCAUAGACAGAAAUGCUGACAAGACCUUUAUCUGGAUAAAGUUCAUUCUGAAAAUAAACAUUUUCAAGUGAUUGUGUGA